GUUUAAACAUUGCAAUUUUGCCAUCUGCGCUCAAUUCGCUCAAGCCUGAAAACUUACACGUUCGAUCUAACAAAUUCGUUUACUCAAUUUCAUUUUCAAAUUCGAAAUAGCCAUUGCAGUCCACCAAGCAUCUGAUUCGCGAGUUUGAACCACAAAUUAACAAAAAUAUUGUUGUUCUUUUUUUUUCAAAUUUCUAUCUUUAUAGAAUGUCGAUUAAGCUUACCUACUUUCCUGGAAAAGGCGCCGCCGAAUUGACGCGGUACAUCCUUGCGUACGGUGGGCAAGACUUCGAAGACAACCGAAUCACUGGGGAUAUUUGGGCGACUCUGAAACCGAAGACACCUCUUGGCUCUGUGCCAGUGGUGACGCUGGAAAGUGGGAAUGAGUACAGCCAGUCUAUAGCUGUGGCGAGAUAUUUCGCCAAUAAGUUUGGAAUAACUGGUAAAACAGAGGAGGAAAAACUACAUUCUGAUAUGAUUGUGGACUUGAUGAGAAUUGACAUCAUGCCUCUCUUUGUGAAGAUCUACUUCCAAAAAGACGAAGAGACGAAGAAGACGAUGACUGAAGAAUGCAAGGCGAAGACUCUGACUUGGCUGAACAAAUUGGAAUCGGGAUUGGUCAAAGGAGAGGCAUCUUUUCUCGAGAGUGGUUUCUCCUGGGCAGACAUAGCCCUGUUCUGUCUGGUGAAUGACCAGUUCCCCCUCAUCCAGAUGGACCUGGGAAGCGACUUUCCCAAACUCACUGCUAUCGUCGACAAAGUAAAGUCAGAUCCCAAAAUUGCAGCCUGGAUCGAGAAACGACCUGUGACACCAAUGUGAACAGAAUGAUUAUGAAAAUGACAACUCUACUAGUUGAUCAACUAGUUAUUAUGACCUUUGACAAAGCGAUGCUCAAUUAUGGAUUUAAUUUGAAAACUUCCCAAAAUAGAAGAUAUACUUUAGAAUGAAGGGAUUAAAGCUUAUCCAUAAAGGAUUUCCGAUACUUAACCCUUGGAUAUAUUGCCAACCUUGUCACCUAAAUACCUAAAUGACGUUAUCAAUUAAUUUUGCCUGACUGUCCUUGAAAAACCCCAAUAACAACGUUCUCCCAAAACUUUUACAUGCAACAUAAAAUUUUGAUUGCUUUUUUCUCUUUGGUUUAUCAGCUGAGC